AGUCACGUGAUUUCGAGGAAACUGGCAGCUGGGCUGAGAGCAGCGCUGCUCCGCUGCGCCGUCACUCAGUCUGCAAGGCGCCGCUGAGGAAACACAACCGAGUCGCUUUAAAAGGGAAUCAUGGCAGCAGGAAGGAUGAGAUCCACCCGCAGACUUCGCUCCUGGAUAGUGGACCAGGUGAGCAGCGGGAAGUAUCCGGGCGUGAUGUGGGAUGACGAGGCCAAAACGAUGUUCAGGAUCCCAUGGAAACAUGCAGGGAAACACGACUUCCGUGAGGACGAGGACGCAGCGCUCUUCAAGGCCUGGGCCGAGUUCAAAGGGAAGCUGGCGAACGGAGAGAAGAAUCCUGCGGCGUGGAAGACGCGUCUUCGCUGCGCUCUCAACAAGAGCCCCGAGUUCAAGGAGGUGAUGGAGCGCGCCCAGCUGGACAUCUCAGAGCCGUACAAGGUGUACCGCCUCGUCCCCAUCAGCGAGCAGGGUGUGCUGCUACCUGAGCCGAAGGUCAAAGAGAGGAGCAGCAAGAAGCUGAAGAGAAAGAGCAGCAGCUCGGACUGCCAGGUCAAAAAGAUCAAAACUGAAGAGGUCACCUCUCAGCUGCAUGAAGAGGACCAGCAGCAGGACAGCCAGCCGGUCCAGUCAGACGAACCCGUCCAGUGCACCACUCUGGAUGAGAUCAGGCUGGACGUUCGGAUCGAGGAGAGCGUCCCCGCCAACACAGGAGACCAAGACUCUUUCAGCGUGACGGUUCAUUAUCUUGGCCAGGAGGUUCUCAAACGUCAGAUCAGCGGCCCCGAUGUCCGCAUCGUGUACCUGCCCUCCUCGUCCAUCCCCCCGACUCCUGCUGCCCUGAGCCGCUUCCCUCGCAUCCUGCUACCGGAGCCGCCGUCCGCGUUGCCGGCGAGCGAGGAGCUGCAGGCGCUGUUCACCCUGCUGCCCUUUAUGGCGAAGGGCAUCGCGCUGACAUCCACGGCACAGGGGGUGUACGGCAGGAGGUUCUGCCAGGGCCGGAUCUUCUGGACGGGACCGCACACGACCACGCCGGGCCUCCACCGGAUGGAGAGGAACAUGGAGUCGGUGUUGCUGUUCAGCAAAGACAUCUUCAAGCAACAACUGGACCUUUUCCGAACCAACGGCGGCGAGCCUCCUCAGUGCAGCUUUACUCUGUGUUUUGGAGAAGAGUUCAGCAACACCGAAGAUCCGUCUCGAAAACUGAUCAUCGCUCAGGUUUCCCUCCCGUGGGCGGAGCAGCAGGUGGAGAACGCUCUCUCCGUCUUCAACACCCUGUCGGUCUUCCGGACCUUGGCCAGCCAGUCUCCGCUGGGAGAAAUCACGCUGAACCUCGUCACGGUGCCGUCGCCGUCCUCCGAGCUGGACGCCUGUCAGACCAACUGAGCAAACUCUGAAACAUUCCCAGCUUUCAAAAUAAGAGCCUCCACUUUCUCUGCACACUUUGGAGACUUUGGAGCACUUAAAAGAAAAAUCUGUUGAACCCUGGAGCUGAAACGGCGACGUUUGGGGUUAAAGAAAUGGAUUUUCUUCAUUUCCUGCGGGGAUCGGUGCGUUGGAAACACUACAGGAAAAACCAACAAAGAGAGGUUGUGUGUUUUAGAGAAAUUUAAAAAUAGUUUCUCCAUAAAUCAGUUUUUAUUGUUCUGUUGGUGCUUAGAACCCAGACACUCUUUUAAAGGGGCCAUAAAGUUAAAAGCAGACAUGUUUGUCGUACUGUACUCCAAUCAUAGCAUAGAUUAAUAGUUUUAGCUACAUGUUAUCUUCCAGACUGAUUAUGAAACAGUCUUAAAGCUGAGUUUUAGUUUAAAACACUCGUUUUAUUAAAUAAUAAAAGACUUUUCACUGUGAACUUUAUUAUUACAGCAGAUAUCACAUCCAACAGAUUUUCCUUUUCACCAUUCCUAAAUCUUCCCUCAUUCACUGGAUUAAAUUAUCCAUCGCUAAGGAGUAAAGCACAAUAACAACCAUUUUUCUCCCUCUUGUUUUCUUAGGUAAAACUACUGUUUCAGCCUGAAACAUGCAGAUUUUUAUUUCAUUUUAAGGAAGUUCUAACUUUAGUAGAUUAUUAUUUAAAGGCUGGUUUAAGAAGCUCCACUCAGAUUUUAUUUUAUUUGAUUAUUUCUGGCUGGAGGGUGUGUUAUGAUGCCACAUUCAGGGCAUCUGUUAAAGAAAAAAAUAGUUUUAAAAGUUUUUAUUUUAAUAAUUUCUCAAAAAAGGAUUGCAGUAUCAAGUUAGUUUUUGUUCAGUUUAGAUGAUAAAAGUUUAAAAAUAGCUGUAAUGAUUAAAAAAAUAAAUAAAAAUGAGGCCAUGGAGGAGAAAGUUUCAGCGGAAAAACCCAAAGAUUUUGAGUAAUUUCACAUUUUUACAAGAAGAAAGCUUGGAUAUUUUCUGCCGUUGAAAUUUUUCAAAAUAUGAUUAAAGGCUUAAAUUUACAGUAUUAAAACAAAUUUAUUAUAAUGUCAGGAAUUUGUAAGAAAGCGCUCAAAUGUAUCAAUUUUUUGUUUAAAAAUUGGACAUUUGUAACAGAAAAUGGCAGAAGUCAUCUAAGAUUGAGGCGGUAAAUUUAGGAGACGAACAUCUGGAUGUUUUCUAGAGUUAAAGGGAAGAUCCGGGUUGUUUUCCUGGACCAGAACGACCCGGUUCUGGUCCAGAAAAAAGCUCAGACCUCAUCCUUAAAGUCUGGGAAGCAUCCAGGUGUGAAUCUCGUAGACGUAGCGCCUCAACCCUGGAGCGUUUCUGUCUCAUUUUGUCACAAAUGUACAACUUUUUAGAAAAUUCCUGACAAAUUUGAGUUUUCUUACAAAUUUCUGACUUUAUACAUCAAAUAAUAGUUUUAAUAUUGUAAAUUUAUGCCUUUUAUUUUGGAAAGUUGUCAUUUUACAGCUUUUCAACAUCAGAGAAGUUUUUUUCUUGUAAAUGAGUGAAAAUAAUUAAUAAAUUUCUGAGGAUUUUGGUGACAAUCAACUCCUCUGUGACGUCAUUAUUUUUAUUUUUUCCAUCUAUAAUAACCCUGAUACUCUGUCAUAUUUAUACCAACUAUUUAUGUUUAUUUAUAUUUUUUUAAGACUUAAACUGACAGAAAAACAAAGGAAUUAUAUAACUGGAUUGUGGGGAAAAAUCCGGAAUUGUGAAACGGAAAAUAACAAACACUGAAAUGUAAAUAAUAUUCAAAAAAUUCUCAGAAUUUUUUUUUAAAUCUGAGAAUUUCUUGAAUUUGAAUCUGAAAUUUUCUCAUCUGAUGUUGGUGUAAAAUAUAAAUAUGGGAAUACUGUACUGAAGUUUAGAGCAUUUAGUUAGUAUCGAUUUUAAGUUGAUUUUAUUUAAUUCAAGGAAAGAAAACACUGCAGAACUAAAGGAGGAAAUUUAUUCUUGGACCACAACGAGCUUUGAGCUCAGUUUAUAUCCAAUAUUUGAAACUGGAACAUUUAAGGUUUGUAGAAGUUGAAAACUUGUUACCAAUGUAAUUAAUCAGUAUAAUAAUAAUAAUAAUAAAGUACAUCCUUUCAAAUUAAA